GUUGGAGCAGAACACCGCCUCCGAGUCCCGGUAGGAAGAGGAAGAACGUAACCUACAGGGUGAACUGGGAGGUGGUGUCCAUCUUAUUUACACCGGUGUGAUUGCUACGAGCUGUAGGAUUUUUGACUAUAAAAGUUGAAAUCUGGGUCUUUAGAGAUGAGCAGUUCAGAAGAAGUGUCAUGGAUCUCCUGGUUCUGUGGACUGAGGGGGAAUGAGUUUUUCUGUGAAGUGGACGAAGACUACAUCCAGGACAAGUUUAAUCUGACGGGGCUCAAUGAGCAGGUUCCACACUACCGCCAGGCCCUUGACAUGAUCCUGGACCUCGAGCCAGAUGAGGAGCUGGAGGACAAUCCCAACCAGAGUGACCUGAUCGAGCAGGCAGCAGAGAUGCUGUAUGGCCUCAUCCACGCCCGCUACAUCCUCACCAAUAGGGGCAUCGCACAGAUGUUGGAAAAGUAUCAACAGGGAGAUUUUGGCUACUGCCCCAGAGUCUAUUGUGAGAAUCAGCCAAUGCUUCCUAUCGGUCUGUCAGACAUCCCCGGAGAGGCCAUGGUGAAGCUGUACUGUCCUAAAUGUAUGGACGUCUACACGCCCAAGUCCUCAAGGCACCACCACACAGAUGGAGCCUAUUUUGGCACUGGCUUCCCCCACAUGCUCUUCAUGGUUCACCCUGAGUACAGGCCCAAGAGGCCCGCCAAUCAGUUUGUCCCAAGGCUGUACGGGUUCAAGAUCCACCCCAUGGCCUACCAGCUGCAGCUGCAAGCCGCCUCCAGCUUCAAGAGCCCUGUCAAGGCCAUCCGCUAGAGCGGCCUGCACCGAGGAAGAGGAGGAGGAGGAGGAAGAUCAGUCGGGAAAGAGGACGAAGACGGGGAAUUAUAAUCAGAUGGGGAGGGGUCACCUGCAUUUUACACAGCUUUUCAAGUGCCCCCUCCAUGCCCCGAAGACUGUAUUAUUUUGGUUUUAGAUUAAGGCAAAUGAAAAAAUGUCAAGAUUUCUGAGUGAGCGAAAAGCGCACAGCCGUGAUCAAUAAAUCCCAAACCAACACAUGCGCACUCCUACAUACGUCAACACACGUGGGGUUCCAUACACAUACCUUACCAAACUCAUCAGUGCCAAAAACAGGAGGACAAGGUGAGAGGAAGCGGAACAAUCCUGGCUUCCAUGUUCACUCUGCUACAGCGACCUUUGCCCCGUAGAGAAGCUUUUAUGUUCUUCUCCGAGUGGAUUAAAGCAUUUGUUUAUUCCCUAUUUGGCACGGUCUGGUAAAGGGUGGUGGUAAACCCUCCAUCAUUUGAAGCCUCCCGUCCCCACUGGCCAGCAACCCCCUAAAUGCAUGUUCGCUCAGGCUGGCACCCGCAGAGACAGUUGUGUGUUUGUCUGAUUGUAUUGUGGCGUGCUGUUGAACCGAGUGUUGGGUUCUAUUUGCCUUAAGAUUUAAAAGAAGAAAAAAAACACAGCUGGAUUGUUCUUGUAUUGUAAGAGGCACAAGCAGCAAUACUUUCUUUUUUCUUGUCAGAGGCGGCAAGGUAGAAACCGCAGAAGUCAACACAAGCUCUUCAGACAUUUGUAAUCGGGCCGCGUCGUUCCUCCAGCUGUCUGUGCGCGUGUCAAACACCUGAGUAUCAUCACCGACAUGAAAAUAUUACCUGUGCUACAUUUUCCUGAGACUUUCCCCCUCUAGCGGGAGCGGGCUUAGCUGCGUUUGUAUCGUAAUCCCCCCCCCCCCCCCCCCUGUGGCUUCGCUUCUAAAUUGAAAUAGUUUUGACAUUUUGGUAAAAAGGCCUGAUCGAUGACGUGAAGCCUCCGCUAGCGAAUGGUUAGCUUUGCUUUCUCUUUCCAAACAUCCCACGAUGCUACCAACACAUUUCAAACACGCCAAUCAACCAAUGAAAUGUUGAUUGAUUCGACAGGAAUCUCCUGGUAUUUUGGCCCCACUGAACCCUUUUUCUCGGCAGACUUGAUCUGCUGUUCUUACAGCUUCUGCAGGCGUUUGUUCCUGAGCUUCGUGGUGUUGGUCGGCACAUUUUAUUCCCGUUGGACCGAGCCAGAGUGGCUGCUUCCCACUUUCCAGUGUUUUUUUUUAUUUUUUUAUUUCAGCCGACCUGCAGCUCCACAUCAAACGUACAGAUGCAAUGAACUUUGUCUGCAAAUGUGUCCCCAAACCAUCCGUGUACAAAUUCAGGAGGUAAUUUGGUGAAAGAGGAAUUUGGACAAUCUGAAUCCUUCAGUUCACUCCACCACUGCACUGAUCCCACUGGCGUCUCCCCACAGCGCAGCCAUGUUAUUUAUGUUCGGGUUCAGAGACGAGCAGCCGCCCCCCCUUUUACGUCUCUGAAGCAGGGAGACAGAUACUCACCCGUCCUGCCUCCCCUCUUUAUGUUUGUGUGACUGGAAUAGAUUGUUUUUGGAUUUCAUGAUACAAGAGAAAUGGUGUUUAUGUGUCCAGAUUUUAACCUAAUGUUUGUGUUGUCUUUCUGCAACUGUGGAAGAGUGAGCAGGAUUCAGACUUCUCAAUAAACUUCUAUUUUCUUUUCAUAA